AUGCACAUAGCUGGACCGUCAGCUGACUUGCCGACUGGGUCCCUCUUCGCUGCUUUCAGCCUCAAGCGUUUCAAACAGAAAGUCAUUGGCUUCGUGUCAGAUCGCAAAGAUUUCUAUCACCAAGCGCAGGUUACGGCGCAGAGAGCGCAGUCAAACUCCUUGUGUUUUGACUUCUCCCGAGAGGAGCUCGCUGGCACUGGAGCUCUUGCCUCUCUUCUCACAUCCGCAGCUGACAACCUGAGUCUUGGCAAUAAGCGUAGACAGGCUGCAGGUGAGGGUUUGGGAGGCUUGUGCGACCAAACAUUCCACCCACGGACCAUUCUUGCUGCCUCUUCCUUCACUCCGGGGUUUGCUUCUUUGUUUCAAGGCGACCAUCUUGGGGUCGAAUAUGCUUUGGAGUCCCACAGCCAAUUCCUUGUCAGUUCUGGUGCGCUCAAAGAAGAUUUGUGGCUGAGAAAUCAUCAUCCUCUGCUUCUUGCCCAUACAUGGGAGGCUCUUUUCAUAGACGACUUUGUCACGGUAGGUGCUGCGAGCCUUGAUGGCACUGGACCAUCAGCAUCCCUUGCCAGUCGCUUGUACGAGGUUGCUAAGACUGCUUAUGAUGAAGGUCACCUCCUAGGAUCGCCGGAAAAAGACAUUGAAGGUGAGGCCCUUUUUCAGGCAAUAGGUGCGGAGUUAGACAGCCGUGAAGAAAUUGUCCGCAGAGGCCUCGCUACGGCUGCUGCCCCUUUGGCCAGACGUGUCAGUCUGAGCCUCUUGAGCCUUCGCGCCGCCUCCUUGCCUUGCACCACGCCUACCUUGGUCGCGAAGCUCGUUGGUGCUUGGGUUUCGGCUGCUAUGUUUAGGCGCUGCACCAUGGUAAUCUUCAGCGAGGUCUUUAGCAUCAGUGCCAAAGCUGCGAGUAGAGAAGGGGGCAAGGAGAAAAGUGUGCAUCUCCCGCGUCGUGUCGCACAAGAGCUCUGCCUCGCGGCUGUCCUUGCGCCUUUGAUGGCUUCGAGUUUGACAGCUACCACUCAGAGUCGGAUCUAUGCCACAGAUGCCUCCCUGGGCUUAGGAGCGAUUGUGUCGGCGGAAGUUCAGCAGGGCUUGGCUCGAUCCCUUUGGCUAAAUGGCGAUAGAAAAGGCGCAUACUCUGAGUUGAAUGUUGGGGCUGCUGCUUUGCUAAAAGCUGCUGGUGAGCAGAUCGAAGAUGAGGAUGUUGAAAGCUGGCCUUUGUUCGAACACUCAAGGUUCCCUCGGCUCACAAAGACCAUCCCUUUCAUUCUUGAUGUGCUUGAGAUCUGCGGUGGCUCUGGAGCUGUAUCAAAGGCCGCCUCUCAGCUUGGACUUGCGACCUGCGUUCCAAUCGACUUGGGGACCUCGCCUCACUUUGAUGUCUUGCAUCCUUCCUUUGCCAUUUGGCUCUAUGAGAUGUUGCGUUCGGGCAGGGCCAGGUCUUUGUUGAUCUCUCCUCCUUGCGAUACUUUCUCUCCUGCCAGGCGCCCACAGCUCAGGUCCUAUGUCGAGCCAAAGGGUUUUGACAGGUCGGAGCCCAAGGUCAAGAUUGGAAACCGCCUCGCUCAACGUUGCUUGGUCUUCUUCUGGUUCGCUGUGCGGCUUCAGGUGCCUGCGAUUUUUGAGCAGCCCAGGGGCUCAAAGAUGUGCUGGACAAGUUGGUGGCGUUUCAUUGCCAGCCUACCUGGCGUCAUAGAGCUUUGCAGACAGUGCUCCGGCGAUCACUCGCACGCCCCGGUGCAGGGGAAACACGCCAAGAGUUCUGCUGUCUACUGUGAAGGUUUGGCCAUGGAGAUUGCUCGGACCUUUCGUGACAGCCUAUGCGCAUCUGCUCUGCCUCCCGAAAAACCUGGGAUCGAAUCCGUGGUGGUAAACCAUGUGCUCCUCUCUGCCAAUUGGCAAGUCGACAAGGUCGUCCCUUGGAAAAACAAAUGCCACAUAAAUGCCCUUGAACUUGCUGUGUUGUGCAUUCUGAACCGUGACGCCGCCAUUUCUAUGCCAGACUCCCGCUUGACUGUCUUGGUUGACAGUCAGGUUGCAAAAUCCUCUGCUGCAAAGGGCCGCUCCACUUCGUAUGCAUUGAAGCCUGGCUUGUGGAGAAUCGCAGCUCUCCAGCUCGCUUUCGGACUGUAUUGGUCAUAUGGUUUCGCGCCCACGCGCCUCAAUAUCGCGGACGAUCCGACCAGGCGUGUUGACCUCAGGAGAGGCGCAGGUCAGUCCCUUUGCGCCCUUUUGCCCCUCGAAGUUGUGCACUGGCUGGGCUCUUUCCGUUUGAGGCGACCACUUGCUUCCUGGGCGAGAUUGAGCUUACUUGUCGUCUUGACACGUCAGGGCUCUUGCUCUUUCUUUCAGGGGAAGCAGUCUGACUUCAGGUCAUCUGAUGGCUGCAAGCUCGUUGAGUUCGAUGCCUCCCUCGGCUUUCCUGGCGAGGGACCUCUCAGACGUGUUGUUUGGCCUUCUCUUUUGUGCUGGGCCUCAAUCGUCGGUGUUUUCUCCACUUUCGGCUCCUGGUUUUCGCUUUCGGAGCCUUCGCUUUCUUUUCCUCUUGUCGCGCCUUGCUUCCUCUUCCCUCUUCACUUUGCCUCCUCGUCUUCUUUCUCAUUUCAGGGCCUGUUCAGGGUUGUAGUCCUUUGUGAUGCUGCCAUGGCCUCCCCCGCGCCUGGGACUCCUGUACCGGUGACGCCUGCUGACUUCAAGAGAGCCUCUGUGCGGGAAUCUGUUGUUUUGAUCGCUGACCGAGUCAUUCAACCUUCAACCCGAAGCAACAGAUUGAAGUUGGUGCAGGCUUUUGAGAGCUGGUUAGUCGGGCAAACUGAACUUACUUUAACCAAUUUGCUGUCGGGUGCUGAUGUCGAGCAAAUCUCUGAGCUUCUGGUUGCUUAUGGAAGCAGCUUUUCAAGGCUGGGCACCCGUAUGGGAAAUAUUCUGAGACUGUCCACGCCAUUGGGGCAUUGCGGCCGGCUAUCAGACGCUCACUUGGUCACGCCUGGGACUUGGCCUUUGCUUGGCUGGCCGAGGAGCCCCCGACGCAUCACCGAGCCAUGCCCAAAGGCAUCCUUUUGGCUGUGCUGA